GAAUCAUUUUGUAAACAAUUGUCUAUGGUGUGAUAGGUUAUUUCUUUUACACGUGUUUUUUGGAGAUUCGUAUUUUUAACUUAAAUUAUGUAACUAUAAAUUAAUUGACAUUAUAGUUUAUUACAUGCUUAAUAGUAAUAGGUUUAACCCACAGCUACACGGGUUUCGGUUAUCAUACGGCAGAUGUUGUGAUAUUAAAUACAUAUUAUAUAAAUGCGAUACAUAUUUUUUUUAAAGCUUGCCGGACUUUAUCGCGGAAAUAAGUCACUUUCGUUUGUUUAUUUUUAAUAUUUUCGAGGACAAUAAAUUAAAUAAUUAUUACCUAAGAUUAUUCCCGUCCAACCUACUCGCCUCAUAGAUAUCAGAUCAGCGUAAUAUUAUACUAUAAACUCGGUGGGAAAUACAUUUAAGACACAUUUUAUAUGAGUUAUUGAAAGCCGAACAGAGGAUUACACGAAUCUGAAGUGCCGUUGUCCAAGUUGACGAUUAUCGAUUUAUUUUACAACCGCCGCUAAAAAAAUGAUAUCGUACAAUACAUCAUUGUAACCGUUUAUUAACGACACACGUAGUUUUUAUGUCAACAAGGAUCGUGAACGUGUACAAUUUCUGGACUUCUAGAUCCAGAGUCACCACAGUAUAUUAUAUAAAUAUUUUAUAUAAACAUGAUUAACUCGUGGUCGGGAAAAACGCUUUUUGAAACGUUGAGUAGGAAAAAAACAUUUGCGGUAGAAACCAAACUGGAAAAAGACAAGCUGAAACGGGUGUUGACCAUUUUCGAUUUGACCGCUUUGGGCAUUGGCGCUACGUUAGGCAGUGGCGUCUAUGUGUUGGCCGGGACAGUGGCCAAAUCUAUUGCCGGACCAGCGGUGGUAUUGUCUUUCAUCGUAGCGGCGAUCGUCUCAUCGUUUGCCGGAGUUUGUUACGCCGAAUUCGCCGGUCGUGUACCCAAAGCCGGAUCUGCGUAUAUUUACAGUUAUGUGGCUGUUGGAGAAUUUAUCGCUUUUAUUAUUGGUUGGAACAUGUUUAUUGAGCACACUAUAGGUACAGCAUCCGCUGCCAAGGCCAUGACAAAUUAUUUAGAUUCUCUGCUCGGUGAUCCUCAAAAGAGGUACAUGAUAACACAUUUUCCGAUGCAUAUGCAGUUUAUGGGCGAAUAUCCAGACGUCGCGUCGUUUUUAUUCCUCAUGUUCAUUGCAUUGGUUAUGGCUUGGGGAGUUCGGAAGUCUUCAACUCUCAAUACAGUGUUUACUACAUUUAACUUACUGACCGUCGGCACAGUCAUCGUGAGUGGACUUUUUUUUGUUAAAUUUUCGAAUUGGAAUAUUUCAAAAAGCGAAAUUCCACCAGGAGUGGACGGCGGCAAUGGUGGAUUUGCACCAUUUGGUUGGGGUGGAAUAAUUGCAGGGGCGGCAAGAUGCUUUUAUGGAUUCAUUGGAUUCGAAUCUAUUUCUACAACCGGCGAAGAAACAAAAAAUCCGAAAAAAACGAUUCCGUUGGCAAUCGUUUUGACACUGGUCUUUGUCACGUCAGCGUACUCUGUAGUGGCAUCAGUGUUGACCCUGAUGUGGCCGUAUUACGAUCAGGACCCUAACGCGCCGUUUCCAGUCAUCUACGAGAAUUUGGGUUUGCCCGUGAUCAAGUAUAUGGUUACUUGUGGCGCAGUAUUCGCACUUUUCACCUCUUUAUUAGGAUGUUUGUUUCCAAUACCACGAAUCCUGUACGCCAUGUCCUGCGACGGUCUGUUGUUCGAAUUCUUGUCGUCGGUUAACGAAAGGACCAAGACGCCAGUCAUAGCCACAAUGAUAUGUGGAAUCGGUGCCGGCAUUUUGUCGUCCAUAUUCAAUCUCGAACAGCUCGUCGACAUGACGUCGAUUGGCACCCUCAUAUCGUAUUUGAUCGUUUGUAUCUGUUUACUGGUGCUUAGGUACAGAGACACUAACACGGCAAUUCAGGACAUAGACAGUAGUUCUGGUGACUAUAAAAUGUACAAAUGGUACAGUUUAUUCAACUCAAAAGUAACUAACACGGAUACUCAAUAUAUAUCGAGAGUAUUGAUACUUGUUUACACUUUCAGUGCGUGUGUUUUUUGCAUUUGCAUGGUAAAUAUCGACUGUUACGAAGGAGCGUUUCAAUUGCCGUUGAUAAUUGUAAUCGGGGUUUCGAUCACGGUGUCAUUACUUUCUAUGCUAAUGUUGUACAGACUUCCACAAGCAAUAGAAAACUUAGCGUUUAGGGUGCCACUUGUUCCGUUCAUACCGUGUGUGAGUAUAACUCUCAACUUAUACCUUAUGAUGGAACUCAGUAUCAAGACGUGGAUACGAUUUGGCGUGGGGCUUGUAUUAGGCGUAAUCAUAUAUGUGUUCUAUGGCGUUCAUCACAGUUUAGAAGGCAGAAAACAACGAGCAAGAAAAAAUGAAGAAAACAAAAACACGCCGAGAAUCUCCUCCUAAUAAUUUAUUUAUAUAUUAUGAUCAAGUUUUAUAUACUUUUUUUUAUAUUUCUAUAUUCUAAUGAGUAAUGACUAAUGACUAUUCUUACAUUAAUAGUAACUGUAGCUGAAACUUUGAUGCUGUGCUAAGUGUAUGUAUUUAAAUAUGUAAUUAUCAUUAUAUAAGGGUUAUAUUUUAAAA